AUGAGCCGAAAGCUCGCCCCCGAAGCCAAUCGGAUUCUCUUUGUCAAGAACCUCAACUACAACGUAACAGCAGAGCAACUUUUCGACCUUUUUGGCAAGUUUGGACCCAUCCGACAAAUACGUCAAGGGAUCGCGAACAACUCGAAGGGUACCGCAUUUGUCGUAUAUGAAGACGUUCAUGACGCCAAACAGGCAUGCGAUAAGCUCAAUGGAUUCAAUUUCCAGAACAGAUAUCUCGUUGUGCUAUACCACCAGCCAGAAAAAAUGCUUAGGUCGAAAGAGGAUAUGGCGGAAAGGCAAGAGAAUUUGGAACGUCUCAAACAGCAACAUGGUAUAGAAUGA